AUGGAUACCGAGGAAUUGAAAGGAACACGAAAUUGUAAAAAAUCCAGUGGCAGCGAGGUUUUAUGCUCAGCCAUAGCCAAGAUAAAGACACGGGACUUUCGCGGCAAGAAGAAGGAGGAGCUGCUGAAACAGCUGGAUGACCUGAAGGCGGAGUUUUCCCAGCUGUUCAUCGCCAAAGUCGCUGGCGGUGCGGCGUCCAAGGUCUCUAAAAUCCGAGUUCUCCGCAAACCCAUUGCCCGGGUUCUAACUGUCAUCAACCAGACUCAGAAGGAGAACCUCAGGAAGUUCCACAAGGGUAGGAAGUACAAACCCCUGAAUCUGUGGCCCAAGAAAAUGCGCCACAGACUCAACAAGCACAAGGAGAACCUGAAGACCAAGAAACAGCAGCGGAAGGAGGGGCUACACCCACUGCAGAAGUAUGCCUUCAAGGCCUGA